AGGAAGAGACACACGGACAGACAGGAUGGACGUGAAGCUGCUGUUUCUGACUGUUGUUUUUCUCUCCUCACCGCUCCUCACACUAUGUGACCCACUAUUUGUUCUGUCAGCUCCUAAUUUGCUGAGGGUGGGUUCCUCAGAGAACGUGUUUGUGGAGGCUCAGGAUUACUCUGGAGGAGACCUGAACGUGAUGAUAAUAGUAAAGGACCACCCAAACAAACAUACAGAGAUCUGGUCCAGAUCAGUGACACUGGCUGCAGGCAACAAUUUCCAGAUCCUUACAGAUAUAAUGAUCCCUAAUGACAGGAGCUACUUCUCUGAUGAUCCUCUGGAGAAGCAGUAUGUGUAUCUACAAGCUCAGUUUCCAUCCGUCACUCUGGAGAAAGUGGUCAUGGUCUCAUUCCAGUCUGGAUAUAUAUUUGUACAAACAGACAAGCCCAUCUACACACCUGCUGGCACAGUUAAAUAUAGAAUUUUUUCUCUGACACCCAAAAUGACCUCAUUCAGUCAGUCUACAAUCCAAGUGGAAAUCAUGAAUCCCCAAGACAUCACACUUUCAUCAGCGAAGAUACAGCUAGUCAAGGGGAUGAUAUCCAAACACUACGCCCUCCCUGAGGUUACCAGUCUUGGGAUCUGGAAAGUGGUCACAUGGUUCUCACACAGUCCUCAGAAGAAGUUUACUACAAACUUUGAGGUCAAAGAAUAUGGUAAGACGUAUAACUACAAACCAUGUGUUGUGUCAAAGCAGGGGUGCCCAACCCUGUUCCCGGAGAUCAACCUUCC